GUCAGAUCAAAGUUGAACGUUCGCCUGGAACAACCUAAAUUUCGUUUCUCCCAAACUGCCUGAGUUCCGGCUCCGUUUAGUAAUGUUUCUGGCCAAAAGUUCCACAGGCCUCCGUCCGCAGCUGCUGAAUGAGGCAAAGGGGCUAAUCAAGAGCCAUUUUUCGGCCGUGACGCUGGUCAACCAACGUCAUAAACAUUCGGAUGCGGACAAGGGGUUGCAGAGGAAGUGCCCCAAGCAUACCAAGGAGGAGAAGGCGAAGAAGUGCGUCAAGUAUGUCGCCGCCAACGCCUUGAAGCCCGAGUGUGUUCCGGUGGAGGCACUGAAGCCGCGCUACUACAGGCAACUCAAUCCCUGCAAGACGGACAAGGAGCUGGCCGUGCAGCAUCCCAAGUACUUGGGUGUCUACGGACGAUGCGACAUCCCCUACAAACCGGAGCCCUACUGCAUGGAUCCCUGCGACCUGGCCGAGCGGCUGGACGACAAGCACUACAAGCCCAGUAAAAGUCUGGACCGCGACUUCGACCAGUACUGGGUGGAGUGCUUCUUCCGCAAACAGAAGCGCUGCUGCCGCAAGGUUCCGCCGGAGCGCACCCAACGGGUGGAGUACACCAAGUGCGCCGCCAUUCCCAAGAGGAAGCAGUGCUUCAUGGUGAACCCAAUGCCGUGCAAGCAGGAAGCGAAGGAGGGGCCCUGCCCCAAGUUCUCGCUCUGCAACUGCCCGCCCCCAUUUCCCUCCACCAGUUGCAAGAAGCCCCUACGGAUGGGUCGUUGUCGACGCCGGCAGUGCCAGUAUCCCAGCUUCUCAGAGUGCCAGCACGAGGAGCUCAACACCCGCAGACCCGUCGAGUGCUUCUGCCUGGAGGUGCCACCGCUCUGCCUGGUCUACCGCUACGGUCUCCUGAAUCGCCGUCUUCCCUGCGAACCCCCGAGAGGCGCGACCCCUGCGAAUCCUAGAAUCGUAGAAACGUGAUGGCGGAGCAAUUGUUUGGAUUCGCUGGCCACAGAGAUGGAUACUACCCCUGUUCUUCCUCUCUUGAUUAUUUAUUAUUUAUUCCCGGCAGACAAAUCACCAGUCCCUUUUGGAGAGUCUCGAAAUUUUGAUGAAAUAAAUUGGGCCAUAUGAUCAUUUAAAGAAAA